AUGGGGCUCCAGCUGCUGGGCUAUGCCGUGGCCUUCCUGGGCUACAUCGGCACGCUGACAGCCAUGCUGCUGCCCAGCUGGAAAACCAGCUCCUACAUCGGCUCCAGCAUCGUGACGGCCGUGAGCUUCACCAAGGGGCUGUGGAUGGAGUGUGCCACGUACAGCACAGGCAUCACCCAGUGCGACAUUUACAGCUCCCUGCUCAACCUGCCGGCCGACGUCCAGGCGGCCCAGGCCCUGAUGGUGAGCUCCUGUGCCGUCUCCUCCCUCGCCUGCCUCCUCGCCGUCGUGGGCAUGCGGUGCACCGUCUUCAGCCAGGGCUCGCCCGGCAAGGACCGGGUGGCGGUGGCAGGCGGCGCCGGCUUCAUCCUCGGGGGGCUGCUCUGCUUCAUCCCGCUCGUGUGGAACAUCCAUGUGGUGCUGCGGGAUUUCCGCAACCCCGUCCUCCCCGACAGCAUAAAGUUCGAGCUUGGGGAGGCACUUUACCUGGGCAUUAUCUCCUCCAUCCUCUCCCUUGUCGGCGGCUUCAUCCUCUGGAAACCCAGCCCCAGGAAUGGGGCACAGAAGAGCCAUGCUGGGCCUGCAAGACCAGAGGAGGGUGAGGAGGACCCCCUGCCCCACCAGAAGAUGACCUAG